GCUUCCCUCGCCUCUCUUCACCUGCCUCGCCCUGGUCCAUCGCCGGGAAGGUCGUUGGCAGCCUCCGUCAUGUUCAUCACGUUUCCUCGCUAUCCCAUCCAUCUUCAGAGAUGAUCGUGCUUGUUGACGCCGUCGAUUCCCGUCCAUGAACCAUCAUCCCUUGGGCGAUGACAGUGCAUCCGGCCCCCUCCGACACCGCCGUUUGCCCCCCAAGGAGCAUGUCCCUCAAGCAUGUCCGGGAACCUGGAAAAGACUCUGUCCAAUGUCUGGCUGUAUAUCACCGAGCGUAUGGGCCUCAGCCGCGCCGGCCCGCACAAUGGACAGUCGAUUCCCUCGGGAGGAUGGAGGCCUGUUGCCCUGCGGCCGGUAUAUCUCUGGGUGAUCGCGGGUAUCAUGUUUGCGAUGCUCCUUACACUCGAUGUCCUUCGGCGAUACAGUGAACAGAAGGGCGGACUAUACUUUUUCCCGGAUACUGACACCGUUUCCGACGCGCAGUCGUUCGCCUACAACUACCUUCCCAUCAUCGCUGCCCUCAUUCUCGUCACCCUUUGGUCCUUUAUUGACUACGAUGUUCUCCGCCUCGAGCCAUACUUCCAGAUGUCCCGACCGGAGGGGUCGCCGGCGUCGGUCCUCUUCAUCAAUUACAAUUUUGGCCAAUCGUUUCUCACUCCGCUCACGUCGGCCAAGCGCGGUCACUGGGUUGUUUUGCUCGUGUCUAUCGCCACUCUACUCAUUCGCUUGUUUCUCCCGGCCCUGCAGAGCACUCUUCUCGAACUUCGGGAACUGAACGUGGUGGAUGACGGAGAGAUCAAGACAUGGCCUCAGCUCCUGGAUCUACACACCCAAGCUGUGUGGAUAAUGGCGCAGAAGAGCAAUGAGACGCUGGCCCUGGACUCCGUUCUCACCGCCCGUGACAAUCUGCGCAGCACUCGUUCCUCCAGCUACGCAGUGGCGCCCGUUGAAAUCAGCAUGGAAGACCGCCGCGAAAGCACGGUAUGGACGCUAAAUCAGACAAUCUACUGGGCUCAACUGGCGUGCCGCGACGUUCUAGCGGACGACCAUCUCUCGGUCUCGAUCAAUGAUACGUCCAGCGACCCCCCUGUACUCUCAUGGAACGUGACCGGCGUUCAGCUGCAGGACAUCCACGGGACCGAAGAGUCGUGCACCUUGGAUUUUCACUACAAGAAUAUCUUCUUCCCGACCACGGAUUACCUGCAGGUCCGGUAUUGGGAGCCCGCUUGGACGAACCGGACGCAACCUGCCCACAACCAGGGAAAGGCAUUUACCGCCCAGGGUUGUGAUGAUCCCUAUGACUUGUAUGGGAUCGUCAUCUCAGUCAACGCUACGGUGGGUGGGGCUGACAGUAUCAGCCAGCUAGGCUCCGAGUUUACCUCGUCGGCCGGCAUAUUCGGCUGCAAAGUUAGCUAUCGUCAGGCGGAGGCCAAGGUGUCCAUGCACGCCAAUAGCUCAAUCACCAGCAUCUAUGGAUAUUCGGAUACGGAGCGGCCACUGUCAACCGACGAUUUCAAUAUCGACGCUUUCCAGGACCUGCUGGCUCAGCGAGCCCCAUACACGGGCGACAUGUUAUUCAUCCAACUGAACCAGACCACAGACGACACCACGGUGACGGAGCUGCCCGUCAUCAGUCAAGACCUGGGUGACCUCGAGCCGCUUCUGGUCUUGGAUGCAUCCACGGUCAUGACGCCGGGACAAUUUGAAGCCAAGGUCACACGGAGCGUUGUCGAGACGUUCGUGCUCACGAUGGGUCGCUUGUUCAACCCGGACCAGGACCCGACCAGCGUACCAGCGCAUCGGCAAUCGACACAAGUCGCUAUCUCCGUGGUCUCUUUCGCCUCCUGGUGGUCGGAGGUGAUUUUGGCCAUCGCAAUCAUUCUCACAGUGUGUCUUAUCUAUUUCUACGGCAGGCGCCCCAACAUUCUGCAAAACGAUCCUAGUUCUAUCGGGGCCAUGUGUAGCAUGCUGACCGACCUAUUCGGGGCUUCCAACGUUCUCGGAGAUCCACUGUCUGACGUUCAUCAAUUUUCGACGCGGCAGCUACGUCAGGUCCUGCGAAACUGCCGGCUCCGAUGGCAGCAAGGGCCUAUGGGGCCCCGACUUGAGAUUAUUACGGCAGACGCAGGAUCACCGGUUACUCUUGGCGAGCAAAUUCGCACACGGGUUGACCCCAUGCCACACUUUCUGGUGAUUCCGAUCUUCAUCAUAGAAUUUCUUCUCUUGGCUGCCGUCAUUUCGGUCAUGGGAGUGACGGCGGCAACUCUCGCUCACGACGGGAGUUUUCAGCACCUCUCCCAGUCAGCCUCGAGCUUUCUGCAGGUUGUGACGUCGUUUUUGCCGUCCAUCGUUGCGUCUGCUGUGGCCGCCUUGUGCAACUCCAUUCUUCGCAACAUCAGCAUUUUGGAGCCGUGGGUUCAUCUGCAACGCGGGAUGGCGGUCGCCCGGACAUCCGUGUCUAUGAACUAUGCGUCACAGAAUCCGUGGUCGAUCUUGAAAAAGGCCGUCCAGAACCGCCACUCCCUGCUCAGUCUCGUCUCGUUUGCUUGCGUCGCCAAUAUCCUGCUGACGGUCGUGGCCGGUGGGCUGUUCACUCAGAAACUGACGCAAUCAUACCUGCCGUCCACCUCGUUGUACAUGAAUUACAGCAACUCCCAGUUUCAGCGACCAGAAUUUGCUGCGGACUUUACCGAGUUCGAUCUCAUCCAGACCAGCAUCACGAGCGGAGUGCCGAUGCUGCCGUGGAUGGCUUCAAACUACUCGUUUGUCCCCAUCAAGAAUACAGAUUCGGACCCCGACGUGAUGUACGGCGCGACCACUCUCGGGAUUGGCAGCGAUCUGGAGUGCAAGGCGCUGUCGAUCUCGCAAAACUUGGUGGAAGAAGGCCAAAGCACGUACUGGGUGUAUCGGCCAUCGCAGGAUGUCAGUCGGCAGUGUAUGGUGAACAUGACGGCGCUUGUGCGGCCCAGUGAAGCCAUUGCUCUCUCCAUCCAUUUUCUUUCUCCAAUUGCGGAAUCGGACAUGGAUCUGUGCCAGAUGUCGACGGUGCUGGUGGUUGGACGAUGGCACUACACAGCAGAGUCGUCUUUCACGGACAACAAUACGAUCGCGCUUCAAUGUGAGCCACGGAUGCGACUGCAAAAUUUCUCCGUGACCUUCGACCGACGGGGUCAGAUUUCCGACAUUGACGCGGUAGCUGGCACGGCGAUCACGUCGGGCACGAUGUAUGAGAACGCCACGAUCGCGCUCGGGCAAUUCAACAAGAUCUUUGCGGCCAUUCCUCAGAGUUUCGUCGGAGAGGAACCCGGCCGAAACCAGUCGUAUGUUUCCUCGUAUGACUGGGCGGGAUUCCUGGUGGCCCGUCUGUAUAGACAGCACGAGAAGAUCGUCCCUUUAAAAGCCGCGGACCUAAUGGUGGAGGUGCAGGUAGUGUAUCAGUGGGUGUACAGCACGUACUUCACGCUCUGGCGAAACAUGUACCUGGUGCCGCUGGAGACGGUGGUGUCGGCGGCCAACGCGACGGUAAUCUCCAACACGUGGACGAUGGCCCCGUCGGUGCCAUCGCUGGUCAUGGCAUUGGUGAUCAUCGCGCUGGAUACCCUAGUGGUGCUGGUGGUGUUUGGAACGCGGCGUGGACGGUUCCGAGGACCGCGGAUGCCACGAUCCAUCGGGGCGAUUAUUCCGUGGAUCGCGCACAGUCGCAUGCUGGACGACUUUCGCAACACGUACUCGUGGACAAACGCGAAGCGGCGGGAGCAUUUAGCCCGGUUGGACAAGCGGUACGGCUUCCGGAUGUUUCUGCAGUCGGACGGACGAUGGCGGUUUGCCGUGGACGAGGAGGCCGUGGGACUCGAAGACAAGCCACCGGAGGGAGCAAUGGACGCGAGCAAGGGGGCGGACGUGAUUGAGUUGCGGUCUAUGGAGGCUGGCACUCCGCCGGGGUCGGAUCAUGAUUAA